CGUCCAGAUGGUUGCGAGCGUGUGGGGCGCAUCCUCGCCGCUCACUUCACUAUCAUGAACUGUGCGACGGACUCGACCACCAGUACUGGCAACCGCAGAAUGGACCGCACCACCGAGGAAAGAGGCGGUGAAUGUGGAGGCACGGGCGAGCCCGUCUUUUCGCCCGAGGAGUCUGCGCACAUCUGUGAGGCGAUGCUUCGCAAGCUCGGGGAGCGAAUGGCGGAGCUUCGGGAGCGGGUCGGCCAGUCUGGCAGCGACGGGCGCGACCACAUCCCCGUGGCGGACGGACAGGAACUCGCCUGCGAUCUGCUGGAGUGCCAUGCCAUCUCCGAAAACCCGGAUGCCGUUGAAGAAGCUAUAAAGCUGUUUCGCGACCUUCUCGCAUCGUGUCCGUUCGAUGCGCCUUCCUACGUCGCGAUCCUUGAUGGGCUGGGCGAAGCGCUUCGCGCUCGAUAUGAGCUCUCCACCAACAAACAUGACAUUCUGGAGGCGAUUUUCCUGCACAACAGAUCCCUGAAGUCCCGCCGCCAGAGUAACCUGAAUUUAGCCCCCUCCUUGCAUGGCCUUGGGGUCGCUCUCUACACUCGUUCUAUAGCGCGGAGGCACAGUGAAGUGACCGACUCAAGAAACGCGGUCGAUGCACUCCUGGAAGCGUCCGAGCUUCGCCCGCCAGAAGACCCAUUGCGGCCAAGAACGUUGGCGUAUUUGUCCCUCUCUAAAGUCAAAGCCGCGGCGACGACACAAGAGUGUUUCCCCGCACUCGAAGCAGCGCGGGAAGCCGUUGCACUGUCUCCUCAGGGACACAAAGACCACGCGCUCUCCCUCAUCGCACAAGCUUGGGCACUGGCUAUGACGUAUGUCAUAUCCGACCCGGCUUCCCGCCCCGAGACCUUACGAUCAGUCCAUUAUACGUGCGAUCUUGCGUUGAAAAUACGACAUCCCUACCAAUCUCACUGCCUGAGGUCGUUGUCCUUUAUCCUGCGGAAACGCGCAGAACACGCGAGAAGCCCUUGCAUCCUGAAAGAGAUACUCAUGAUCUCGAGGCAGGCUUUCAUUAUCUGUCCCUCAUCACAUAUCUUCUUCCCGUCCAGCGCAACAGGACUGACAGCCGCGCUUUCGGAGGCAUUUUCCCAGACGGGAGACCCAGAAUUGCUCGAUGAGCAGAUCAAGGUCGGACGGGACGUCGUUCAGGCUUGUAACGCUGAGGCCAACGCCAACCGACCUCUGUUGCACAAUCUAUCGGAGGCUUUGCUUUCUCGUUAUCGGUUGACAGAGCGAACGGAAGACCUCGCGGAAGCUCUUAAGCUCGCGGAGACAUGCGUGCCCUCGUCCGGUGCAGUGAGGCCGGGGGAAAUUCCGUACAUGGAAUUGGCUGCGUCUGUGCGCUUACUAAAUUUCCGUCGACAUGGGGAAGUGGAGGACAUUGACCACGCCAUCGACUAUUACCGCCGUUGCAUCCCCGUGAUCGGGGAGAAGGACUGGACGUACACGCUGGGCAUGGUGAAGAUCGCCGUUGAGGCUCUGCAAGCUCGCUACGUGCGAACGUUCAACGUCGGCGAUCUCCACGAGGCUCUGGCUUUGGGCCGCGGGGAGCUGGCCCGAAUACCGACUCAACACAUUCGCCGCGGCGAGCUGCUCAAUGUUCUGUCCGCCACACUCCGCUUACUCGCAGAGCAUUUCUGCGAACCCUCUCAUGCCGAGAAAGCUCUAGAGCUCCAUCGAGAAGCUCUCGAGCUCGUUCCCAUCACCCAUUCCACUCGUUCCGCAUUGGUGGCAGGAUUGGCCUCCGAUUAUGCAUGCCUUUGGCAGCUUCGGCGUCGCGCAGAGGAUCUUCACCUUGCCAUGAGCCGUUUCGCGGAUGUCGUUGGCGAAUCAAGCACACCCCCGCAUAUUCGUCUGCGAUACGCGCUGGAGUGGUGCUCUAGCUCCACGGAUGCCGAUCCGGAUGUGCGUUCGAAGGCAUUCGGGCGCGCCUUGAGUUUGCUGCCUCGUAUUGUCCUCUUUGGGGCGAAUCUGAAGUGGCGCUUGGAUGCUCUCCGACAGUGCCCCGGUCUCGCACGCGAUGCGGCUAAGCACGCUAUCUUCCGUAACCAGCCCCGCACGGCCAUCGAGCUGCUCGAGCAGGGAAGGGCGGUUUUUUGGAGCCGAGCGCUCACAUCCAGACAGCAAAUGGAGGGUUUGCCUAAUGCACUCGUCGAACAGCUCACGGACAUUUCGAGCAAGAUCGACGUGGAUCAUACGGAAGACGACAGCAUGAUGAGCCGAAGGCGACAGCUCACGUCCGAGUUCGAUCGCCUGGUGGGGGAGGCCCGCAAGACCCCUGGCUUCGAGCACUUUCUCCGUGCCUUGCCAAUGUCGAGGCUUCAGGAAGCAACACGGGCUGGACCAAUCGUCGUUUUAGUCGCGGACGAAAGGUCUGCGCACGCGCUUAUCAUCAGACAUGCGUCAGAGGAUGUGCAGGCGUUGCCGCUGCCGGGCGCCGACCUCGCAGCGCUCGAGCGGGUCUCCACCUCUCUGCACACGUGCAACGAGCAUGCUCGCAGCUGGUCCCUGCCUGGCGACGAUGGUGGAGAGACCAGAAAACUGCGCAAGUUUCGUAUUCAACGAUAUCCGCCACUCUACACGCACGAGGAGGUGCUUUCGGUAUUGUGGACCCUCAUAGUCCACCCGGUCGUCGAGGCGCUGGGGUUGAAGCCAGGGGAUCUUGCCGCGCGUCCGCGUGUCUGGUGGUGUCUCACGGGACCCACCGCAUUCCUUCCAGUGCAUGCCGCUGGAUUGUAUCACCAAGCCAACCCAGAAUGCGCCUCCGACUACCUCAUUUCGUCCUAUACACCCACCAUCACGGCACUUCUCAGCGCUCAGCGCAAUCCACCUUCCAUUCGGCCGGAUGGACCGGACAUGUCAGUGCUCUUGGUCGCCGAACCCUCAGCCCCCGGGCACGCUCCUCUGCCGAAUACGAUAGAGGAAAUCGACCGAUUGGUCAGUAUUCUGCCAACUGCGGAGGUGCUUCGCCCUGAGGUUGGCGAAGCGACUUUCCAAAAGGUGGUCGAGAUGUUGCCUUCUACAUCGAUCCUCCACCUCGCUUGUCACGGGCGGCAGGACGAGGAUGACCCUCUGAGCAGCGGUUUCAUGUUGAAGGACGGCAUGCUUAGGUUAUCGAAGCUGAUGGAGCUGAAGGUGCCCAAUGCGUCAUUGGCUUUCUUGAGCGCUUGCGAAUCGGCCAUGGGCGACAAAAAGCUGCCUGACGAGACGAUGCAUCUGGCGGCGGUGAUGAUGUUCAUCGGAUUUCGCAGCGUGGUCGGGACGCUCUGGUCUAUGAACGAUGCCGACGGUCCGAAGAUAGCGGAGCAUGUCUACCGCGAGCUCAUUGCGAGCCCAUCCAACCAUCUUGAUUAUGAGGCGAUACCACGCGCCUUGGAUGCCGCUGUCCGUAACCUGCGUGCUGAAGGCGCACAUCCAAGCCGAUGGGCGACGUGGAUACAUAUGGGAAUAUAGUACCUGUACCAUCUGUAACAUAGGAAUGCUAUGGCUUCG